CCUGGUGCCUGGCCCCUGUGAGUGGUACUUGCAAUGCAAGAGAGUAAGGACAGUGACAGGAGUUGCAGGGCGCGGCUGGUGGCCCUGAAUGCGGUCCUGACUGUUCUCAGGAGAGGCAGGGGACACAGACACGCCUAGGGGUCCUCAUGAGGACAGAGGCAGAGACAGAAGGGUGCCACCACGGAUGGCGAAGCCACUGAGCUGAGGAGGCACCUGAGGGGCCCGGCCAUUGAGGCCUCUGUCCUGGGCUCCUGGGGCCCUGGGCACAGCCCGCCGCUGCCCGUGUCACUCUGGGACCCGUGUGCCCCGUGCGGUUCUGGCCACACUGGGACCCUCAGCCUCUGGAGCACGGCUCCUUCGUGGCAACUGGGACGGUGCUGUGCUCCUCACCAGCAGCCCUGUCCUCUGUGCUCCACGAGGCCUCCCUGCUUUGUCCCUGAAGGUCCAGGCAGGGCCUGCUCCAGCUCCCCAAGGACUCUGCUCGCCCUCCAUUUCCCAGUGUCAUCCAUGCCGGGUACAGGCAUUGGCCGGGCUCCAGGACACCCUGAGGCAGCCGACUCUGUCCAGUCAUGGGGGCUGAGGGUGGCACUGCCAGGGGCCAAAGGGGGAGAGGCCCGUUGGGGGCUCUGACGAGGGCAAAGAUCUGGGAGGACCAGUGUCCCCCAGUCUGCGAGGGAGGACACUGUGUCCCGGGGGCCUGGUGAGGGAGGAUCAGGCAGCACCUUCCUCAGGUCUCAGAGCCCUGUGAGUUUGGGGGCAGGGGCAGCUGAGUCCUGGGCAAGCCUGGACACUGUGGGCAUAAGGAGUGAGGCUGGGAGAGCUGGAGACACCACCGAAGCCCCAGUAUUGCAGCUCAGGCCCCCAGCAGGGUUAGGGUUAGACUGGGUGCAAGGCCCAUCUGUUGCCUCACAGAGUCCCAUGGAGACAGGGGCCAUGACAACACAGCAUGUUGCUCUGGGCAACCCCAGGGGCCAGGCUUGAGCUAGGCCUCAGGGAGCCUGUACUCGCCCUGGAGGUUUGGGGCAGGGACCUGCGUCCCCCAGAGGUUUCCAAGCACCAGGAUGCGCUGGCUGCCCACCCCUCAACCUUCUUUGGGUCCUGGUGGCUGCAGGGAUGCCGUCUCUGUCAUGCACACACUGCAUGCUGAACUCUCUGCAUAUGGCCAGCCAGGGCCAGGGUCGGUAGGGGAGGCUCCUGCCGGCCCCUAAACCAGGGCUGCAGCUCCUAGGCCAGGUGAUGGCAGCUUUUCCCAGGAAGGCCGGCAGUGUGGCACCGAGGCGCCCAGGCCAGGCAGGUGGAGGACAGCUGGCAGAGGCAGUUCUCACACACCCCUUCCAGGCUUCUGCCUUUCCGCUGGCGCAGGUGUCUAGGGGUGGGGAGUGACUGUAGCUCUCCAGGCUGCCUUAGAGAGAGGCUACCACUCCACCUAGGGCCUGGUGGCUGUGCCUGCGUCCCCUCAUCUGAGGCAUGGGGUUACCUGUGUCUCUCCAGCCUGGCAGAGAAGCUGGGCAAGAAAGGCCUGAUUUCCAGAGACCCCACCACCUGCUGUUGGGAUGGAAUUGGGAAGAAACCCCAGGGAUGUAAGUCCCUCGCCAGGCCUGCACUCCCAGCACAAGCCACACUCUGGUGUCAGCCCGAGACCAGAGAGUUAGUCUGGAAGGAGGAGGACUGAGGGUGUAACCGGCCCGGCCCCCUGGACGGCCCCUGGGACAUUCCUAAUCGCUGGGGACUGACUCACCCACUUCAAAGCCUUGGCUGCCACUCAGUUAUUUAACCUGUGCCUAGCGCUGUCGCUCUGGAAUUCCGGCUGGAGCUGCGCCCCACCUGCAGACCUGCUGCUCCCCUGGGCAGGUGCCUCCCCUCUGCCUUCCCGGCCUGUCCACCAGCUGGCAGAGCAGUCCAAGGGCUGUCUGGCCAUGGCUGUGAAGGUGCCCCUGUGGCACCACUACCUGCAGGCCAUCCGGUCCCGGGAGGUGUCCCGCGUGCAGGACUUCCAGCGUGCCGAGGACGUCCUGCUCACCUUGCUGGAGCAUGUGCACACCCUGGACCCCCGCUUCCUUGUAGACUACUCUCACCACCUGGAGGCCUUCCAGUUCGCUCUGCGCUCCUCGGAAGACCCACUGGACAUGCAAGUGCUGCUGCGGGUGGACUCCAGUGCGCUCCUGAUUGAGGAGCAGGGGGCCUCGGAGCCAGGGGAUGGCCCUGUGCUCUGCCGCCUGGGCAUCCCCAGGGGAGCGACCGGCCUGGAGCCCUGGAUGAUGGAGGAUGUCUUCAGCGCCUCCUCGGAGGGCAGCACCAGGUGCUGUGGCUACAUCAUGCCCAGCAAAGUCCUGCGUGUCCUCAGAGACCUGCUGGUGGCUGCCAUCGUGUACUGCAAGCACCACGGCCUCAUUGCUCCAGGUUUGCUGAGCGCUGCCACCCUGAAGGAGGAGCAGCUGCACCUGUCCCUGCUGGUGUCCAGUGGCUGGAGGAAGAUCCGCUUCAACAUUGUGCCCGCGCUGCGGAGGAAGUGCGAUGUGCCUGGCCUGCACGAGGCCUGGCUCACACCUGGGUUCCCUGAGGGCACCCUGAAAAGGAUGGUUGGCCACGGGGUGGACCUGGUUCCCGCCAGCGCCCAGCACUGGAGGGCCUGCACAGGUUACCUGCUCACCCAGCUGCUUGGGGAGCUGGGUGCCCUCCGGGGCCAUCGCCUGGAUAGCCUCUCGAUCCUCGAUCGGGUCAACCACGAGCACUGGAGGGACGGUGGCCGGGAGCCUGGCCUGACCUUCAACCACCUGAAGACUGUGCUGCUGUGGGCGUGCGCACUCUUCCCUGCACCCGAGGACUGGACGGAGCUGCAGGGCGCUGUGUACCGAGUGCUGGUGGUGCUGCUCUGCUGCCUGGCCUCCAGGACGCUGCCGCACUUCCUCCAUGCCGAGCGCGACCUGCUGCAGGGAGGUGACCUGGAUCUUGGCGCUGUCUACCAGCACGCAGAGAGUUUUGCCCGCCAGCCAGAGGCUGCCCUACGCAUCCAUGCCACUCACCUGGGUCGCAGCCCCCCGCCACGCGUGGGCCACGGAGUCAAGGCGCUCCUGCAGCUGCCGGCCAGCGACCCUGCCUACUGGGCCACGGCCUACUUCGAUGUCCUGCUGGACAAGUUCCAGGUCUUCACUAUCCAGGACGAGGACCGCGUCGCAGCCAUGCAGAGCAUCUUCAGGAAGACCAGGAGCCUGGGCAGCAUGGACACCUGAGCCGUGGAGAGUGGGCUUCUCCUGGACAGGGGUGGUGGAGGGGCUGGAUCCUCAGGGAUGCCGCAGGCUGUCCUAGGGACAGCGGGGACAGUCUGAGUGUGCUGGGUGGCGGAGGCCUCGGGGUGGCAGCCGCCUCCCUCACCUGCAGGCCUGGGAUGAAGGUGCAUGUGCCUCCUGGGACCCGGAUGAUCCACUGUGUGACCCUGGCAGGAAAACUGAGUCUUCGGGGACCAGUGCUGGAGGGCUUGCUUGGCCUGUGUGAGGCCACUCCUUGGUGAUUAAAUUGGGCUGUGGGCCCCUGGGCAAA